GUACCGAGCUAUAUUCAAUAGCAGAGAUAUCACUUCAGCUCUGUGUCGAGUGAACUCUGGAGGGGAAGAAGCGAAGUUGUUGUGCGAGAAGCACUUGAAAGGAGAAAAAUGACCUCUUUGUAUAGAAGCCUUCAUGACAGUUAUGUUCCCAACAAAACGAGGUCGACCAGCUGUGCAACAUUAGCUGUGGUUUUGGGCUGUCUGACGGUCCUGGGGAUAGUGCUUGCCAUCGCAGUGCUGGAAAGACCGGCGCCCCCCAAGGAUCAUAAGACGCUUCCAGGUGAAGCCGGCGGGAGCAAUGUCUCCACGGACCAGUGCAGUAUGGUCCUGGUGGAGAGCAUCCCUCAGCAUGUGACAUAUACAGCCAAUGCAACGUUUGGGAUCCCUCUGGAAAAAGCCUGGAAAGACCUCAUUUCCAUGGCAACAGACCAAGUGGAUGUGGCUUCUUUCUACUGGACUUUAACCGGGGAAGACAUCAACGUGAACUCUUCCUCUGACAUACCUGGAAGGGAGAUCCUGAAGGAACUUGAAGAGUUGCCCUCCAGGAAUGUAUCUGUCCGAGUGGUGACCAGUGUUCCCAGCGUUCGAACAAACUCCACAGAUUUAAAGAUCUUAAAACAGAAAGGAGUUCAGGUGAGGAAGGUGAACUUUGGCCGCUUGACCAGGGGCGUCCUCCACAGCAAGUUCUGGAUCGUUGACAGAAAACAUGUGUUUGUUGGAAGCGCCAACAUGGACUGGAGGGCUCUCACACAGGUCAAGGAACUGGGAGUUGCCAUCUACAACUGCUCCAGCCUAGCAAAGGACCUGCAUAAGAUUUUCCAGUCCUACUGGGUGAUGGGACAGUCCAACAGCUCCCUGCCACAGCCCUGGCCUGCAAAGUAUGACACUUCCAUCAACAAAGAUUACCCCCUGCUGGUGAAAAGUGGUAAUGUCUCCAGCAGGAUUUACCUCACAGGUUCUCCACCAUCAUUCUGCCCUCCAUCAAGGACUCAGGACCUUGAGGCUAUUCUCUCCAUCAUCUCAGAAGCCCAACACUAUGUUGAUGUAGCUGUCAUGGAGUACUUCCCCACCACACGCUUUGAAAAGCCACAGAGAUACUGGCCCUUGAUUGAUGAUGCCAUCAGGACGGCUGCAUUCGAGAGGAAGGUGAAGGUCCGGAUGCUGAUCAGCUGCGGGCAGGACUCUGAUCCGGCCAUGUUGCCCUUUCUUCAGUCUCUAGCCUCAAUGGACAGCCCUCACCAGGGUAUCAGCGUCCAAAUAAAAGUGUACAUCGUGCCUGUGGGAAACCAGUCUGAUAUUCCAUUCUCCAGAAUCAACCACAAUAAAUACAUGGUGACUGAUAAAGUAGCCUACAUUGGUACCUCCAACUGGUCAGGGGACUACUUUCUGACCACAGCUGGAGUGGGUCUGGUGAUUUCCCAACAUGCUCCCCACUCCGUAUGGAAGACUGAGGCCCUGCAGAGCCAGCUCAGGGCAGUCUUUGACAGAGACUGGCACUCUGAGUUUGCUGUGCACCUCGCAGACCUGGGCCACCACCCAAACUGUGCUCUAUUAAGAUGACAGAAACUCCUUUGGAAAAAGUUAUACAUAAAUAUAUUCUACUAUAAGGCCAUAGUCAAACCAUGGCUGUGAUCUAUGUUUUUAUGUUAUCUGUGUCCAAAUCAGCAGUUCUGGUCGAGGAUAAAGUGGACAUUUUUAUGACUGAAACCCUGACAUCAAAUCAAGUUUAAAGUAUACCAGCUGUGUCAUCCUCAGUUAUUUGACUUUAUGUAAUGCACCUUUACUUACAAAUAAGCUUUACUGACUUGUUGCUUAUGUUUUUCUGAGAUGUAGUGGAUGUUUAUUGCCAAACUAUUUGCUGAAUGCAUGUUUGAUAAUUAAAUAUACGUCGACAACAGAUUUUGGAAACAAAUAAAACAAUAUAUAAAUCGA